AUGAAUUCACUUUCAGGAAGGCUGAUUAAACUAUUCAGAGUUUCAUCUCCUGCUACAAGACCCUCAUCUUUUGCAGAUGCAGGGGUGGGUAUGCAAAGAAGCUCGAGGUUUUAUUCUUCUGGCUCAUUUGAUAGUGACGUCAACGAAGAAAACAAUGAGCAUGAUCUAGAAGUUGAUGAUAACGACUUCGUCCCAGAAAGACCAGAGUUACAGGUCCAGGGUGUUGAUCCCAGGAAGGGAUGGAACUUUCGGGGUGUCCACAAGGCAAUUAUUUGUGGGAAAGUUGGACAAGCCCCAGUGCAGAAGAUCUUGAGAAAUGGCAAGACUGUAACAAUCUUUACUGUGGGAACUGGGGGUAUGUUUGAUCAGAGAAUUACAGACAUUAAAGACUUGCCUCAGCCAGCUCAGUGGCAUCGUAUUGCAGUUCAUAACGAGAUGCUUGGGGUUUAUGCAGUUCAGCAGCUUGUCAAAAACUCUUCAGUCUAUGUUGAGGGGGAAAUCGAAACCAGAGUUUACAAUGACAGUAUCAAUGGUGAAGUCAAAAACAUUCCAGAGAUUUGUGUGCGCAGGGAUGGAAGGAUUCGGCUAAUAAAAACAGGAGAGACUAUCAGCAAUAUUUCUUUUGACGAGCUGAGGGAAGGGUUGCUGUAG